GAGAAGCAAAUGCACAAGGCAGAGCAGGUGGAGGAACAAACCAAGCAGCAGCAACAGAAGCAGCCGCAACAGCAGCAGUAGCAGGAGGCCUCUCCUCUGGUGGAUGGCUUAGGCAUUCCUCCUCCUGCAGCUCAACCUUUGCACCUGGGGCUGGUACCCCCUGGGGUCAGGCAGACCCUCCAAGAACUGACAAUGGGCAAACACAACAGUAAGCUGGCCCCCGAGAUGUUGGAUGACCUGGUGAGGAACACAGAAUUUAACGAGCAAGAGCUGAAGCAGUGGUACAAAGGCUUCCUGAAAGACUGUCCCACGGGCAUCCUCAAUCUGGAGGAAUUCCAGCAACUCUAUAUCAAGUUUUUCCCUUAUGGCGAUGCAUCCAAGUUCGCUCAGCACGCUUUCCGCACAUUUGACAAGAAUGGUGAUGGAACAAUUGACUUCCGGGAGUUCAUCUGUGCACUUUCUGUUACUUCCCGGGGAAGCUUUGAGCAGAAGCUGAACUGGGCCUUUGAGAUGUAUGAUCUGGAUGGAGACGGCAAGAUAACGCGCUUGGAGAUGCUAGAAAUCAUUGAGGCUAUCUACAAGAUGGUGGGCACCGUCAUCAUGAUGAGAAUGAACCAAGAUGGGCUGACCCCCCAGCAACGCGUUGAUAAGAUCUUCACCAAGAUGGACAAGGACAAAGAUGACCAGAUCACCCUGGAGGAGUUCAAGGAAGCUGCCAAGAGUGACCCUUCCAUUGUUCUCCUGCUCCAGUGUGACAUGCAGAAAUAGAGAGGUCGGGGGCCUGGCAUGCAAUCCUGCCCUCCCCUCCCUGGCCUUGCGUCUUCUUGUCCCCUCUUCUCAGAGCUGCAGACUCCACUCCCUGAGGCAGGUUGGGCUUUCUCUGCAUGGCCUCUUCAGCCCAACCGAGCCCCCCCAAAUGAACCACCUGCUAUUGACAACACAUACAAGUUCUUUCAGGCAAUAUUCUUGAGCCUUGCCCCAGAUCUCUAUUAGAUUUCAGUCUUUCUCAUAUCUGCUGACCCCAACAUGUCCAGUGCCGGCCAUCUUUCCUUCCCUGACCAUUCAUUUCCCACUUCCCCCACCCGAACACCGGACAUUCCCUCAAGAUCGUGCCAGCAAAACCUACCUUUGGUGGCCUGCCUAAAUCCAUGACUCUUAAUGCAAGAUCUUGUAAUCCCCAAAUUCUGUCCAACCUCUCUAGCAUUAGGGAGCCCUUUUCCCCUUCUCGUGACCUGCAACAUAAUUUUGAGACAUGGCCCUUAAUGGCAAGUCUAGUGUGUUCUUUCCCUUUACUGUCCUGGAAGCCUCCCCGCCCCCCACAAUCCCCUGAAGCCCCAAAUGGGAAUGGUUCCCCCCUCCUCAUUUGUUUACACCCCUUCCCACUUGAUGCCAUGAAGAGCUUUUGUAAGUUGAGGGAAAGAGAUUCCCCACCCCCUCCAGACUCCCUUCACUUAAAAGAGUGAUGCCUGCUAUAAAAGUGGUACCAUUGGUCGGAAGUGGCUCAGAGUAGUUUUAGUGGUGUGUCAGAACCGCUAAUUCUCUUGUCCUGAUUGACAUUUGAAUCUCAGUUGAUCAGCUGAAAAUCUUUAUGCUAAGGGAGGGUGGAGGAAUAUACUUUUUAAAAGGGCUAUAAGAGUCGGUGGUUGGCAAGGGGAAAAUGCUGUCAAGUUCUGGUACUCCUUAUCCAAGGGAUUCCAGACCAGCAGAUAAGGCAGUCUGGUUUUAGCACCACCUGCUUCUUAAAAUGUAGCUUUGGUGCAUUUUUGUUGGUGGUACAGGGAGUCCUGUGACACAUAGAACUUGGGGAUUGCUAGAAACUUAUUUCUAGGGCUAAAUCUUCAGUGCUGGGGAAAAUAUUCCUACAUUCUGAAGGAGAAGAGUAGUUUUGCUUUUUCCUCUUCUGCCCCUGGGAUGAAUAGAGAUGUCUGCGCUUGGAGCAUUGAAACUGAUGACCAGCAUUUUUUAUGGUAGCUUUUUUCUGGGGGCCAAACUGUUCUUGGCUGGUUGGCGCACUGUGUAUUUUUUCCCUUCCUUGCCUGAAUUGCAUUUGACCCAGGGCAGGCUAGUUGUGUGAAGCUGUUGACAGCUGCUUGACCUGAUUCUUGCCUGCAGCUGUGAUGGAAGCCUCAUUGCCCUGGGCACAAUGUAGGUGAAUGAGGCUAAAAGACAGCAGCUCCACUAUGGGUGGAGCCAAGUAAGAAGUGGCCCUGGAGAAGGUGACCCUUGUAGGUCAUGACUGUGUUGGAAUGAUCCAGAGCAGGCUGGAGGAGUGGGUUGGAACUUGUCCCUGUGGAUGCUCUGCAGGGCUGCCAGCUGACCCACAUUGCAGAGGGAAGGGCCUCCAGACCAGCAUUCUGGGAGAUCACAGUUAAGCUUCCCCUCCCCCUCAGCCCCCAACCUCUGCCCUUCAGCAUCUCCCUCCAGGACUGAAGAUUAUUCUUGGGUAUGUGUUCAGUCUGUUUGUUGUGGUUUUGAAUAUUGUAAUAAUUGUUUACAAACUGUGAUGUUAUAUUUUUUUUAAACUGGGGAAAAAAUAAAAUGUGUCCAACUUG